CGCGGAGUCCUGGAGCUAGCUGGUUGAUAUUUGGCAAUAUGGCGUCCCGAAGGCUAUUUCAGAUUACACAUGGUUUGAUAGGUCUUAGAGCUUCUUCCCUUGCUAGACCACAUAUUGCAAGGCAUCUAUGCUCAGCAAACAAGAAUUUUGAGUACAUAAUAUCRGAGGUUAAAGGUUCCAAAGAGAAUGUUGGCUUUAUUCAACUCAAUCGACCUAAAGCCUUGAACGCUCUUUGUGAUGGCUUAAUGUUUGAGUUGAGUAAUGCUUUGGAUGCAUUUGAGAGCAACAGUGCAAUUGGUGCUAUUGUACUUACUGGAAGUGAAAAGGCUUUUGCUGCUGGUGCAGAUAUCAAAGAAAUGCAGCCAUUGACAUAUCAAAAAUGCCUAAAAGGGGAUUUCCUUGGACACUGGACAAGAGUAGCAAGGUGUCGUAAACCAGUCAUUGCAGCAGUCAAUGGUUUUGCUUUGGGUGGAGGAUGUGAACUUGCCAUGAUGUGUGACAUCAUUUAUGCUGGGGAGAAAGCCAAGUUUGGGCAACCUGAAAUCCUUCUUGGCACAAUUCCAGGAGCUGGAGGUACCCAGAGGCUGGCCAAGGCAGUUGGUAAAUCUCUUGCUAUGGAGAUGGUCCUAACUGGGAAACCAAUUGAUGCCAAUAGAGCCUUACAAGCAGGUUUAGUGAGUGCUGUCUUUCCAGUUGACAAGCUACUUGAGAAGACUUUAAAAACAGCUGAAAAGAUAGCUAGCCUSUCCAAGCUCAGCGUUGGAAUUGCCAAAGAGGCCAUUAAUGCAGGGUAUGAGAUGCCACUUCAAGAAGGUCUUCACUUUGAGAAAAGAAUGUUCCAUUCUACAUUUGCCUUGGAUGACAGAAAAGAAGGAAUGGAUGCUUUUGUGGAAAAACGAGAAGCAAAUUUUACUGAUAACUAGUUUUACCAAAGGGUGCUGUAUAUCGAGCAUUGCAAGCAACUUGUUAUUGCAAUUGACAGCAGAAAUGUUUAUCUAAAAUAUCUUGUUAAAAACCAAGAUAAUUAAUUUAGUGUACAAAGCAAAUUGCACUUCAUAAAGAACAAUUAAAGUAACAAUUUUAAUAAGA